AUGGACCCCGACAACAUGGAAAAGACGGCAUUCAUCACCCCCAGGGGCCUCUUCUGCUACCUGGUUAUGCUGUUCGGUCUUAAGAAUGCGGGGGCCACAUUUCAAAGAAUGGUAUACCUAUUGUUCGGAAUGCUCAUUGGAGAGAUCAUGGAAGCCUAUAUUGAUGAUAUGGUCGUCAAAAGUCUCAAAGCCGAGAACCACCUCUCUCAUCUUGCCGAGGUCUUUGCAAUACUGAAGAAGUACAAGCUACGGCUAAAUGCCGACAAAUGCGCCUUCGGAGUUAGUUCCGGGAAGUUCCUCGGUUAUCUGGUCACUCGGCGUGGAAUCGAAGCAGAUCCGAGCCAGAUCUCAGCUAUUCAGCAAUUAAAACCACCAUCAACUCCUCGGGAAAUUCAGAAGCUAACAGGGAUGGCAGCGGCCCUCAACAGCUCGGCACUUAUCCGACGGGAAGGCUUUGAAGACCAACCAAUUUACUUCACUAGCCGAACCUUACUCCCAGCACAAACCAGAUAUCUGCCACUGGAGAAGCUUUUUCUAGCAUUGGUUACAGCAGCUCGAAAAUUGCUCCCUUAUUUUCAGGAGCACCCCAUCAUAGUCCUCACAGAGUUUCCACUUAAAAACCUCUUAAAGAAGGCCGACCUUUCAGGUCAGGUAUCUCAGUGGGCGGUCGAGUUAGCAAAUUUUGAUAUUCAUUUUGAGUCUCGAACAGCAAUCAAGGCCCAAGUAUUAGCAGAUUUCAUUGCAGAAUUCUCCCCUGGCAGCCCGGACGAAGAAGCAUUGGUUAAGCCUAAUUAUGGAAUGCUAGAACAACAAGAGGCUCGAAAAACGUGGAACUUAUUUAGUGGAGACGCUUGGAAGCUGCACGUUGAUGGGGCAUCAAACAGCAACGGUGCGGGUGCAGGGGUUGUCCUUCUGAUCGUUAACCAAAUAACAGGGGAUUAUGAAGCUCGGGACCCAAGGAUGAUAAAGUAUCAGGCUACGGCUCUUGAGCUAAUCCAAGGGUUCAAGGGAUUCCACAUUGAACAGAUCAACAGAGAGAACAAUGCUCAUGCCGAUGCUCUGGCAAGUUUAGCCUCGGCAAGCAAAGCAUCUGAAUAUAGACACAUCAGCCUCAGCGAGAUCCACCAGCCAAGCUUCGAAGCCUCGGAAGAAGUUCUCAGCAUUUCAGUCGGUCCUAGCUGGAUGGAUGAGAUUGUCUCGUUCCUCAAGAAUGACACGCUCCCCUCCUACAAAAAGGAGGCCCACUGUGUACGCAGGAAAGCAGCCCACUAUUGGAUCUCUGAGCACGGCCAACUCUACAGGAAAAGCUUCACAGGGCCAUAUCUUCGAGUUGUUCAUCCAACUGAGGUCCCAAUUAUUUUGACCGAACUUCACUCUGGAAGCUGUGGUUGUCACUCCGGCGGGCGUUCCCUCUGUCAAAGAGCUCUCAGUCAAGGAUACUUCUGGAAAGGAAUGAAGAAGGAUUGUGAAGAAUGGGUGGAAGCCGAGCUACUAGUCACAACAACUGAAGCAGACGUUCGGAGAUUUGUUUGGAGGAACAUCGUCACAAGAUUCGGCGUGCCUUAUGCAAUUGUUUCAGAUAAUGGCUCCCAAUUCGUCGGCAAAGAGUUAAAAGGACUUUGCGCUGAGUUCGGAAUUAGGUUUUUCAAUUCAACCCCAUCCUACCCCCAGGGCAACGGCCAGGCCGAAGCAACAAACAAGACUGUCUGCGCUGGCAUCAAACGUCGGCUAGACUCUAAACGAGGAAAAUGGGCCGAAGAACUGCCUCGGGUCCUCUGGGCCUACCGCUCCACUCCAAGACACUCCACUGGCCAAACUCCCUUUGCAAUGGUCUUCGGCAUGGAGGCUGUCAUCCCACUUGAAUCCAGGUUCCCAACCCUGCGCACUGAAACUUUUGAUCCACAAACCAACAAUGAUGCAGUAGCAACCGAGCUUAUUUUAGCCGACGAAAAGCGAGACGAUACCCAGCUCAAAUUAGCUAACUAUCAGCAGGAAGUCGCUCGGGGCUACAAUAGGAACGUAAGGCUCAAGAAGUUCAGAACCGACGACUGGGUCUGGAGGAAAGUUGUCCGAGACAAUCAAAAGACUAAAUUCAAACCGAAUUGGGUAGGACCCUACAGGGUGAUUAAGGAGGUCGGCAAUGGCUCAUACAAAUUGGAAGACAAAGAAGGAAGGGAAAUUGAAAACCCCUGGAAUGCUCUAAACCUCAGGAAGGCAUACCUUUGA